AUGCCUGGCAGUACGCUGCGAGUAGCCGCAGCAUCGGUGGGAGGGGCUGGUGCAUUUGUGGAUGUAGCUGGUGCAUUCCUUGCUGGCGGUGGGUCUGGUGGCACAGGAUAUGCCCAUGGAGGGGGGUUCGGAAAUGGAUGCAGCAACAACAGCGGAUAUGGGGCAAAUGGCGGAUACUCUGGAGGGUAUGGGAACGGCAACAGGUAUGGAAACAGUGGGGGAUACGGCCAUGCUAUGGCAUAUGGGAAUGCUGCAGGCUACACGCAACACAACACCACGACAGAUUCUGUAGUUGGGGGGGUCGGAUUUGGGGGCAUGGGCGGGGUAACAGGUGGAACGUACAUGCAAACGGCAACGCAGAACAUUCCUGUGCUCCAGGAUUCCUCCGCGGCGAAUCAGGCGACCAACAGAGACGGCUAUAACUUCCCCGACAUUCCUUAUGGCACUAACGGUGACGAGGAAAUGUUUACGUUGAUGCCAGAGUUCUUCCCCCCUGAUCUGUUGGCCGGUUUGUCUGAGCCCAAUGAAAUAAUGAUGAGCCAGAUCAUUGGAGAGGACCAAGACUUACAGAUGAAUUCACUUGGUGGACAGAUGCCCACCGAAGCAGUGUACACCAGCCAGCUUCUCCUCCCCCAACCAAUCCCCAAAGCGAUAACCCCACCAUCCUCAUUGCCGACUGUAUCGACAUCCAUCGAAGAACUGGCAACAGCUCCUCAAGUGUCUGCAGAAACACCUGCUGAGAAACCAAAAUGCGGGGGACCUAAGGCAACCAAACAGGCGAACAACGAGAACAAGAAUUGUGGACCACGCACUUCGAAACCUGCGACUUCAAAGGAGGUCGUUCCGCUGACUGCUAAGGAUACGCCCAUAUCGCCGCCUGAAUGGCUGACAACAGCUCACAUGUACCUAAAGGAGGGGGCAGACAAUGCAGGAUGGCUCAAGUGUGUGGCAGCUUGGUUCAGGUUUGAAGAGCAAGUUCUAUUGGAGUCUACUUCGCACCGUCUUGCUGCGAAACACCGCCCCGAUGCGCUGAGUCGGUGGUUGUCAAGCCGCAAGUAUCCACCGCCAGCUGUGGAGGACCAGGCUGCCUUCGGUGGUCAAUGGAUUGGGUGGUGGAAUAGCCUGCAACCCGAAUGGCAUCAAGUUGAGGCGCAAGACCAUUUCCCUCUUCCUUUGAGCAAGGCGGAAGACGGAGACGAUGUGAUGUUGUUGAGAAAGGGUGGUCCUUCCGGUUUGGUGACGGUUAUGAUAAGCUUGAAGUGGUGGACGACCGACGCUCGUUGGAAAGAGGCCAUUACUGACGUGAAGGAUUGCCUCAAGCAGGUUGUAAAGGGGACGAAGAAGCAAGCUCCACGCAGCAGAGGAGGGGUAGUAAGAGGUCAAGGAAAGUGUGACAAAAAAUCACAACAUUGCACUGCAUUCUUGUGA